AUGGGUCUGCUGAGUGAUCCAGAGAAUCAGCGGCGUGUGUUGCGGCUGCUGCGGUCACGCAAGUGGCCGUUGGUUGGCUGUGUGGUUGUGGUUGCGCUGGCCGCGCUGCUCGCUUUGCCUUACGAUGAGGUCUCGCAGCCCGACCACAUCCAGGAGAACGCGCUGAGCCCCCACCUCGUCUCAGCCACCGUCUCGCGGACUUUUGAGGAGCGCGCCGAGCAGCUGGUAACGAGCCUGCAGACUGUACGCACCAGCAACGAGCAGCUAGAAGAGAUCGCCUCCUUCUGGCAAAAGCAUGGCCUUGAACAUCACUGGGUCGAUUGUGCAGAACCAUCGCCACAACGAUGUGCCGUGCUGGCUACGGAAUGGCUGCACAAAGACGUUUUAGUCCUGGUGGCUGCCCACCAUCGGCCAGCCACGGAGAGCCUUGCACGAACACUGCUGGAAGACACGACUCAUUUGGGGUCAUUGCAAGCAGUGCUCUGCGUGGAGGGUGAUGCAGCAAAUUUUCAACUGGUCAAGAUCAUGCUGGGUGGGGACGCAGGCUCCAUGCCCAACUAUGAUAUGGUGCUUGCCGCGCGUGCCGCCAUGCGCCAAGUUGGCAUUAACAGCAUCAUUGGUACCGAGGUCACGGAAGAUUAUAAGCGCGGCACUCUGUCUGAUCCUGUGAAGCGGUACAUGGCCUCGCUCAAGGUUUUCUGGCGGGGCCUGCGCGAUAUGGCACUGGGGGUGCCUGAAUCGGCGCAUGCGCCAUUUUUGCGCCGAAAUGUUCCGGCUCUGACCCUUACCCUAGCGGCUGCCCCUCAUCAGCGCCCCGUUCGCGCCGAGCGGUUGGGUGGUAUUGUGGAGGUGGUGUUGCGCACCCUCAACAAUCACUGUCAGCGCUUUAACCUCUCCUUCAACUACUACAUUCCUACGGGCUAUCAACGCAUCGUGUCGAUCGGGCGCUAUCUCGGUCCAGCCCUGGCGUUGCUGGGUGCUGUCUUGUUGUGGGUCUUGGGCACCCAUGCUGCACCAAAGGAGGUGGCCAACGCUCCACCAGCCACCCCUGCCAUGAGCCAGAAGCCGAGUACAGCCUCUCCAGACGACAAACCUGAGGAGUCUACCGCAACUUCGCCCCGUUGGCGGUCCGGUCCAGAGCCAUAUCUGACCGAGAUUCCCAGUCUGUCGCUGGCAAUGGCGGCAAGUCUGCUGGCCGUUGUGGCAGUGGCUUUGCGCUGGCAGGAGACGCGACCUGAUGCUGUGCUUGUCAGCCUGCCGGUUUUGGGACUACCACUGGCCCUGCGAGCUUGGCAGGGUUCAUAUGUCGAGGUCUUGGCAGUGUUGGUUGUGGCUUUUGCCGUUUCUUUUGUCUAUAUGCCACUGGGUCUGGGGCUUGGGGCGCUGCUCCUUGCUGUUGUCCUAACAACCAUGCGGGAGCGACCGCUUCCAGGCAGGCGCACUGCAUCGCCUGCCCACAGCACCGUAGACCGGUGA